AUGUCUAACAAAGUUUUGUCUCAAUCUCCAUCUGAAUUGGAAUUACAAGUGGCUCAAGCUUUCAUCGAUUUGGAAAACUCUUCCGCUGAAAUGAAGUCUGAAUUGAGACCUUUACAAUUCAAGUCUGUCAGAGAAAUCGAAGUUGCUGGUGGUAAGAAAGCUUUGACUGUUUUCGUCCCAGUCCCAUCUUUGGCUGCUUAUCACAAGGUCCAAACCAAAUUGACUCGUGAAUUAGAAAAGAAAUUCCCAGACCGUCACGUCAUCUUCUUGGCUGAAAGAAGAAUCUUACCAAAGCCAUCUAGAACUUCUAGACAAUUGCAAAAGAGACCAAGAUCCAGAACUUUGACUUCUGUCCACGACAAAAUUUUGGAAGACAUGGUUUUCCCAACUGAAAUCAUCGGUAAGAGAGUUAGAUACUUGACCGGUGGUAACAAGAUCCAAAAGGUCUUAUUGAACUCCAAGGAUGUUCAACAAGUUGACUACAAGUUGGAAUCUUUCCAAUCUGUUUACAGCAAGUUGACUGGUAAGCAAAUUGUUUUCGAACUACCAACUGAAACUCAUUAA